AUGGCUCCCAAUCACAGAGCUUCCUCCACCGGCAGCUUCAUCGAGAACAUCGUGGCUGCCCGGAAGCAACUGGACAACAUGGCCUUGAGCACCCCCGACUCUUCCCUUGACGGCUCAGACGGUUCCCCCGGCGGCUCUGCCGCCUCCUCCGCACUCGGCAGCCCUGCUGGCGCUCUUUCCCCCGUCACCCCCACCAACGACGCUCCCGUGGCCGACAGCUUCGCCUUCGCCUUUGACAUCGACGGCGUUCUCAUCAGAGGCGGCCGUGCUAUCCCUGAGGCCAUCGAGGCCAUGAAGGUGCUCAAUGGCGAGAACGAGUACGGCAUUCAGAUUCCGUACAUCUUCCUUACCAAUGGUGGUGGCAAGACGGAAGAGGAGAGGUGUGCUGAUCUGUCGAAGCAGCUGGAAAUCGAUAUCUCUCCCGCACAGUUCAUCUGCGGCCACACUCCCAUGAGGGAAAUGGCCGAGCGCUACAACACCGUCCUCGUCGUCGGCGGCGAGGGUGAGAAGUGCCGUCAAGUGGCAGAGGGGUACGGCUUCAAGGAUGUCAUCACCCCUGGCGACAUCAUCAAGCACAACGCCGCCACAACGCCUUUCCGCAAACUCACACAGGACGAGCUGAAGAACUCUCGUGAGCGUGACUUCUCCGAUGUCACAAUUGAGGCCAUCUUCGUCUUUGCCGAUUCUCGCGACUGGGCUGGCGACAUCCAGAUUAUGCUCGACCUGGCAAUGUCCAAGGGUGGCAAGCUCGGUACGCUGAGCGAAACCAUGGACGAGGGCCCACCAAUCUACUUCUCUCACAACGACAUCGUCUGGUCCGCCGCCCACGAUAACGUCCGUCUUGGCAUGGGCGCUCUUCGCCGCAUGCUCGAGGUCAUCUUCAAGGAUGUUACCAAGAAGAAGGGCAAGCUGCACACACACGCCUUCGGCAAGCCUCAAGUCAGUACCUUUGAGUUCGCGACAAGGCUGCUGCAGCAAUGGAGACGCCAGCAGCACGGCCUCGACGCGCCGCCAGACACUGUCUACUUUGUCGGCGACACGCCCGAGAGCGAUAUCCGCGGCACCAACCUCUACGACGAGCACGCCGACAACGAGUGGCACAGUAUCCUUGUCAAGACUGGUGUCUACCAGGACGGCACGGAGCCUGCCUACAAGCCCAAGGCCACCGUCCCCACGGUAUUGGACGCCGUUCGCUACGGCAUCCAGCGCGAGAUUCGCAAACGUGUUGUCUCGUCUCUGCGCAAGGACAUCCUCGGCGAGGCGAAUUGCCUGCGCGCCAUGCAGGAGAAGGACAGUGCCGUUCUGACUCCCCUCGAUGAGCGGAGCCAGCCGAUUCUGGGCUGA